AUAUGUGCGCCGUGAAACGCGAUAAUUAGUUCUUGCGUAAUCAUGUAAUCAAGGGACAAGUGGCAAGCAAACUCAGCUUCCGUGUGAAUGUUUACAAGUUGUUGACGUUUUUAUAUUCCAAGACAUGUCAUUCUGCUCUUGGGUUGCUGAUGAAAAAUAUCGUGAUACGUUCAAACCAGGGAUUUAUGUUUGUGCACAAUGUGAAAACGAGCUAUUUGAGAGCCGUACUAAAUACGAGCACUUUUCUCCGUGGCCUGCAUUUACGGACACCGUGCAUGAGGAUAGUGUGGUGAAAAGGCAAGAGAAAUUCAGGCCUUCUCUUACAUACAAGGUAUCAUGUGGAAAAUGUGGUCUUGGACUGGGGCAUGAAUUUGUAGGUGAUGGUCCCAAUGGAAAAUCCAGAUUCUGA